AUGGAACUAAUGCUGGAUAAUGAUGACUUCAGAUGCUCCUAUACUACUAGUAUUGAGCCACCUGAAAGAACAGGACCAGCAUACAUGGAAGAUAUUAAAGCAGAUCUCUCUACUAAAUUUUCUUUGGUUUCUUCAUGCUCAGAUACAAGCCAGAAGAGCAGUUUGGAGUCUAAGGGACACAUAGAAGUUUGUCUGCGUAUUAGGCCAUUUACAUCAUUGGAAAGAGAGAAUGAAUUCCAGGACUGUGUUUCACUUGAAGACUCAAGAAGCGUCAUCCUGAAGGCCCCCCAAAACUCUUUGAGUCGACUAAGUGAAAAGAAUGCUGGACAGAUGAUACAGAAGUUCACUUUUUCAAGAGUGUUUGGACCUGAAACAACUCAAGAAGUCUUUGAAGGUGCCAUGAGGCAACCUGUGCAGGAUUUCUUAGAUGGAUAUAAUUGCCUUAUUUUUACAUAUGGUGUUACAAAUGCUGGGAAAACCUACACAUUCUGAGGGACAGAAGAUGAUGUUGGUAUUCUGCCAAGGACUAUGGAUAUGUUGUUUAAAAGCAUUCGAGGAAAGUUAUACACAGCAAUGGAUCUCAAACCCCAUUGUUGUAGAGAUUAUAUAAAGCUGACUGAAGACCAAGUGAGAGAAGAAAUUGCUAUUAAAAAUUCAAUACUUCGCCUAACAAAAGAGGUAGACCAUCGAAAUAGCACCACCAACAAAGCACCGGCUGAUUCUAAGGAUUUGGAACAGCUCUUAAAAGACUCGGAACAGUCUAGCCCAACUGUGAAAAAUGACGUGUUUUCUGUUUGGGUUUCAGUUUUUGAGAUUUACAAUGAAUGUUUUUAUGAUCUCCUGAUUCCUGUAUCAAAUGACAAGAAAAGAAGGACUCUACGCCUUGCUCAAGACAUCAAGGGUUGUUCGUAUGUAAAAAGUCUGCAGGGGGUACAGAUUUCUGAUUCUAGAGAAGCUUUUUGACUUGUAACUGGGUUGAAACAGCAGAGUACUGCAAGCACGAAACUAAAUGCUAACUCCAGCAGGAGUCACAGCAUAUUCACAGUUAAAGUAUUGAAAAUUGAAGAUUCAGGAGCACUGCAGGUGAUUCGAGUCAAUGAAUUGUCAUUGUGUGAUCUUGCUGGUUCAGAAAGAUGUACCAAGACCCGUAAUGAAGGGGAUAGAUUGAAAGAGAGUAGAAAUAUAAACACCUCCCUCCUGAUUCUAGGCAAGUGUAUUAACUCACUCAAGAACUGUCAACAGUCAAAGUUACAGCAGCACAUACCCUUUCAGGAAAGUAAGUUAACUCACUACUUCCAAGGAUCCUUCAGUGGAAAGAGGAAGAUCUGUAUGAAAGUAAAUAUAAGCCAGUGUGCGUCAGCAUAUGAUGAAACACUCAGUGUGCUAAAGUUCUCAGCCACUGCACAAAAAGUCUUUGUUCUGGAUGCAUCUGUUCUUCCUCAAGUUCAGUCAUUUGGCCAGAAAUCAGCAAAAGAAUCAUCACUGCUUGACACUAAAAUGCCAGACAACGCUGUAACUAUCCUUAAAAGAAUGGCAGAAAAGAACUCUAACCAGGUGAUCGAAAGCAGUCAGUUCAAGGAUUGUGAAGAUACUGUACUGGGAGUGGGAAGAAAACGCUGCUUUGAAAAUAGGCCUACUGUGGAAGAAGAGCCACCUACAAAGAAAGGAGAUACAAAGGAGAGUUGGGAAUAUGACACUCUAGAGCAAAGGGAACUGAAUUUGAAAACAAGUACUUCUGAGAACCUUGCAGAAAUAUUAGCACUGAGGGAAAGAAAUGAAACCUUGGAAGGUCAGCUAGCUGCACUUGAAGAAAAGAAUAAAGAGUUUAGCGAGCAGAUAACAAGCUUGCAUCUCAAGCUUUCUGCUUCUGAAGAAAGGGCUUUUGGCUUAAGUGAAGAACUUAAGCAGCGUCAAGCUGAUUAUCAGAAGAUUGCUUCUGAAUUGGACAAACAGAAAACUAUAAAUAAGGAACAAGAAGGAAAGAUUAUUCAGCUAAAUAAUGAAGUAGAAAGUGCAAAACAAAAGUUAAUUGAUGAAUUGUCACAAAUUAAAGCAGUGCUGUCCAAAGUAGAUGAGUUGUAUAAAUGUCACUCACUAGCUGAGUCUUACACUAUGGAUAUUGAUUUUGUUAAUCUAAAAGCUUCAUUAGACUUUCAAAAAGGCAAACUAGAGAGAGCUCAAGUGAGUUCUGUAUGCAUGCAGUCCCAAACUGCUUCUGCAGAAGAUCAGAGAUGGGAGGGCUCCUUUCACAGCACUGUUGAAAGCAUUUGGGAAGAAUGCAAAAAUAUUAUAAGGGUUUCUUCACAAAAAAGUCAGCGGAUUCAAGAACUACUUCAACAAGUUGAAGACUUAAAGAAAGGACUUGAUGACUCUGAGAACUGUAAUAAUCAACUGAAUAAAUUAAAUGAAAUUGCAAAUCAAGAUCAUCAGUCCUUAAAGGAAAAAGAACUUACGAGUCAGUUAGAAGAGCAAAUUUAGAAGAAAACACAGGAUUUUGAAAAGCAGGCUGCAGAAGAUCGCAGAGUAAUUGCCGAGCUCAAGGAGGAAGUUACCACCUACGAGGAAAAAAUAAGAGAGCUUGAAUGCCUUUUGGAGGCUUUUAAAGCUAAGGAUGACAGCAUAGAAAAGUUAGAAGAAGUACUCAAAGAAAAAGAAUCUAUUAUUUUAAAUCUAGAGACUAGUACAGUAGCUCUGCAAGAGAAAUGUGCCAAUUCAGACCUAACCAUUAAAGAACUAAAUGAUAAAGAAGUAAAUCUGAAGGAGGAAAUUGUGCAGUUGAUGAACAGUUUGGAGAAUAUGAAAUGCUGUCUUGAGGAGAAAGAGAAAAAUGAGGAUGAGCAAAUACAAUCUAUAGAACUGCUACGUAAAGAUCUUUCUGAGAGUUCUGCCCUUGUACGGAGUUUGAAAGACUUGCAGAGGAAAAAGGAAGAAUAUACAGAUUUAAUAAUUAAUACACAGAUUAAUACAGAGGUGGGUACAAUGCAAUCUGAGGAGAAAUCACUGAGGAGCAAGGUUAAUGAACUUCAGAAAAUUAAAAACCAGCUUAGUGAAGAAUUAGAGAUCAAACAGCGCACAAUUCUGCAACUUAAAAAGGAGCAGUUGAAUAACGAGAAGCUGGAAGAAAUCUCCAAAGAGUAUGAGAAAACAUGUAAAGAUCUGUGUGCAAAGGAAAAAAUAAUUGAAGAUAUGCAGAUGACAUUAGGAGAACAAGAACAGACUCAGAUUAAACAAGAAGUGAUCGAAGCCAAACUAGAAGAGAUCAACAGAUUAGUUUUGGAACUGGAACUAUGGAAGCAGAAAUUUAGAGAGCUGAAUAACCAGAGCAAUAGUGACUGGCAGCAAAAGAUGAGCAAAAAUGAGGAGAAAAACAGAAGUGAAAAUGAGGAAAUAAUGAAGCUGCAAAAAGAGCUGAAGAUAAAUAUGGAAAAUGAGGCAAAGUAUCAAAGUGAUAGAAAGAAGUGGCUGGAGGAGAAAAUGACACUCAUACAUCAAGUAAAAGAAGCUGAGAUCCUUCGCAACAGGGAAAUGAGAAAAUUUGAGAAGGAAAGAGAGCACCACGUAAAGAAACAAGCAGAAAUUGAAAGUCUUGCUGCUGCACAGCUGGCAGAAAAGGACAACAAUCUUCAAAAGUGGCAUGAAGAAAGAGAUAAAUUAGUAGAAGCUUUGGAAACACAGCUCAGGACUUUGGUUUCUAACACCACACAAAAAGAUAAGGAAAUAGCAGAACUGAAACAGGCUGCACUAAAGGAUUUGGGAAAGGCUAAGGAAACUGAUACAGAAGAACUAAGGAAAGAGCUGGCUGAGAAAGAUGACUUUAUAAAGGAACUGACACAGCAGGUUAACCAUGAAAGUCUUCUGUCUAUGGCAGAAGUACCUUUACCUGAAGAAGGACAAUCUGAAAUAGAUCAGACUGUAAACAAAGAGGACCAUUCUGAAAUUGCACUUGACUCGUCUGAAAUGUCUACAGAAAAUGGAAAAAACAGUCGGUUCCCAAAACCAGAGAUGAAAAUCCAGGUCACACCUUUGCAACCCAGUAAGAUGGAGGUGAAGGACCAGGGCGGCCCCAUACCAGUUACAAUUAAAAUGCUCAAGCCAGGAAAGAAAAGAAAAAGUGAAGAGAUGGAUGAGGAUUUUGUGAAAAGCGAGAACAAAAAAAAUGCAAAACCUGCUAUGACUAAUUUGCCUUCUACAAGCAACAAGAAAAUGAUGUCUACUAUACAGCUUAGAAAACCAUACCCCUUAAGAAAGCAAGAAUCCACUUCAAGUAAAAACUCUGCUAAAAAGAAAGAUGGAAAGCUGCAAAAAAGUGGAGAUUUCUUCCAAAGUUCUCCUACUAUUAUUCAGUCUAAAGCAAAGAAGCUGAUUGCAACAAUAAGCUCUCCUAAUUCUGCAGAACCAGAAAGCCUAAAAGAAAAUGAGCUGAAGCCAAAACGGGCUAAGAGAAAGCUGUAUUCAACUGACAUUUCUUGCCCUCUAGAUAUCCCUGCUUCUUCGAUUCUUAUAGAACAAAAACAGAAGGAAUGCGAUCAUCUAAUCAUCAAGCGACGGCUUCCAUCAAAACAAGCUAAAUAAUCUUGCAACAGCAUGUUUGUAUUUCCUUG